AUGGGGCCCUUGCUGUUGCCUAGUCUCAAAAUGAGGAAUUCAUUAAAAUACCUNNNNGGCCUGCAGGCGCUGCUGCGCGAGCAGGAGGGCGCCUACUACCCGGUGCUGGAGCACUACAGCGGCGAGUCGGACGCCUCCAGCCCCCGCUCCAACUGCUCCGACGGCAUGAUGGAAUACAGUGGGCCUCCUUGCAACUCCCGCAGAAGAAACAGCUACGACAACAGCUACUACACGGAAUCACCAAAUGAUCCAAAGCAUGGGAAGAGUUCUGUUGUUUCUAGCCUUGAUUGCCUCUCAAGCAUUGUGGAGAGGAUUUCCACAGAUAACUCCACAUGUCCAGUCCUGCCCGCAGUGGAAAGCGUUGCUGAAGGGAGUCCCUGUUCCCCCUCCGAAGGAGCCAACCUGAAUGAGAGUGGAGUCCAAAUUCCUUCCCCCACCAACUGCACCCCGCUUCCCCAGGAUAACAGCAGCAACCCUAUCUACCAAGUGCUAUAA